CAUACAGACAGGCAGACAUGAGGAACAGCACUACAUACAGCCAGCCAUGAGGAGGAGGAUACAACACAGAUCCCUCCACUGACUGACAAUGUAGUCUACAUCACACAACUGUGUAGUGUGGAUCCCUGUCCUGGAUCUGGACCAGCAACAACAACUAACAAGACAACUGGUGAUGAAUUGGGAUGAGUUCCACACUGACACUUGAGAGGACUACUCAUCCAUUCCUACUGAUGGGAAGCGGUCAUCUUUCUGGAUCGACGGUCUACCUCCCAACCGUCUGAUUGACGACAGGACUGGAAGACAUGCUGUGAAGAGAGACAGAAGACAGACAGAAGCCAUAAAAGAGGACCUGUGUUAGCCUGUGUUUCCUGCUGCCAUGCCGUGGUACUUCCUGCCCUGCCCACCCAGCUGCCACAUGAUCUGGCUGGUUCUGGCUGCCCUUCUGCUGCUACUGACGGGCUAUGUGUCUGUGUCUCUGGAAGAGCUGCCCAGGGGCCCAGGGGACAUAGCUGGCAGCGGGUCCAUGAGCGCCAGCACUAACACUAACGCUCACCAGUACAACUCUAUCCAGCACGGAUCCUGCACCUAUACCUUCCUGCUACCAGAUAACGCUGGGGGGAACAGGCCGUGCUUGACGGAGGCGGAGGGGGUCGGCAGCUCCAGCACCAGCCAGGGACAGGGCCAGUACCAGGGGAACACUCUACAGGGAGAUGCCCCCCUGAAAAAGCCCAAGCUCCCAGGACUGGCUCCAGCUCUGGGGAACCAGAGGAUCCAACACCUGGAGAACGUCAUGGACAACUACACACAGUGGCUUCACAAAAUUGAGAGAUAUGUGAAGGACAGUCUGAAUGUGGAGAUGGCUCAGCUGCAGCAGAGUGCUGUCCACAAUCACACCGUUGCCAUCUUGAAUCUAGGCACCAACCUCCUGACCCAGACUGCCCAGCACACACGGAAACUGACAGACGUAGAGAUCCAGGUGUUGAAUCAGACCUCCAGGCUGGAGAUUCAGCUCCUGGAGAACUCUCUGUCCACCAACAAACUGGAGACCCAGCUCCUCCACCAAUCUACAGAGAUCAGCAAGCUGCACGACAAGAACAGGCUCUUAGAGCAGAAGAUGCAGGAGCUGGAGUCUGGGCACCAUGAGGAGCUGGUCACCUUCCAGGAGGAGAGGUCCAGCCUGCAGCAGCUGGUAGCCAGACAGAGCAUUGUGAUCACAGAGCUGCAGACCCAUCUGGACCAGGCCACUGGCAACAACAGUAUCCUGCUUAGCCAACAACAGCAGCUCACUGAGACCGUCAACAGUCUGCUGAAACUCUGCUCUAAGGACAGAGGGUCUGGAGUGGUGGCAAACAGCAACCUUGCCUUUAAGCAGAGAGAUUCAUCUCAUGAGGAGAGAAAGUAUCGGGACUGCUCUGAAGUCUUUCAAGCUGGCUUCAACAACAGUGGAUCAUAUACUAUUCACAUCAACACACAGGAGACCAAAAAGGUCUACUGCAACAUGGAGGCAGCAGGGGGAGGAUGGUCCGUCAUUCAGAGGAGAAAAGAUGGAACCAUGGACUUCCAGAGGACGUGGAAGGAGUACAAGAUGGGCUUUGGGAGUCUGUCUGGAGAACACUGGCUGGGGAAUGAGUUUGUGUUCCUGCUGACCAGCCAAAGGCCCUACAACCUGAGGGUGGAAGUGACCGACUGGGGCGGACAGCAGGCCUUCUCCCACUAUGACCGUUUCUACAUCGGCAGCGAGAAGCAGAAUUACAGGCUGUUCCUGAAGAGUCACAGUGGAACGGCAGGCAGACAGAGCAGCCUGGUCAUCAACGGAGCAGACUUUAGUACCAAGGAUAUGGACAACGACAACUGCAUCUGCAAAUGUGCUCUCAUGCUCACCGGGGGUUGGUGGUUCGAUGCCUGUGGACCAUCGAACCUGAACGGGAUGUACUACAGUCAUGGUCAGAACAUGGGUAAACUGAAUGGGAUUAGGUGGCACUACUUCAAAGGGUCUAGUUACUCUCUCCGUGCUACUACCAUGAUGAUACGACCAGCAGACUUCUGAGAGGACCUUUUGGUGACUGUCGUUGGGUACGUUGUCCAUAGACACAUUGGCAUCAUUAGUCAUGUUUCCAUCCAACUGUUUUUAUGCGAUAAAGUAAAGUACUGUCCAACAGGUGUGACGGAAACACAAAAUAGAAGGUGGGAUAAUUGUUUGUACUUUGACUUAAAAAAUAGCAACCUAAUUUUGUUUUCUAUGAGGAACUUGGAUUCUGACUUUCUGGUGCUUACAUGUCCUCUUGAAAGACAUUGAUUGUUUGAGACAGUAUGCUUGAGCACCAGCUCUGCAAUGAAUCAAACUGUAGAAGUGGGUCACAUGAUGAGGAUAUGAAUGUAAGAUUUGGUGCUUUUGAAAGACUUGUCUGGCUUUCAUUUCUCUUUUCAUUUGACUCUCAUUUGUCUCCCUUUCAUUAGUCUCUUUCAUGUAUCUGUUGUGUAUUGUUCUUCUAUGGGUAAGGUAUUCCUGUUAACAUGUGGAUCAGUGUACUGCUCUCUUAGUCUGCACUGUGGGCAGAGAAGCCUGAUGGCCUAGACUGGAUACACUUCAGAACACUGUUAUGGAUAUUAUUUGCCUAUAUAGUGGAUUGCUGUGUGUGUGUGUGUGUGUGUGUGUGUGUGUGUGUGUGUGUGUGUGUGUGUGUGUGUGUGUGUGUGUGUGUGUGUGUGUGUGUGUGUGUGUGUGUGUGUGUGUGUGUGUGUGUGUGUGUGGAAUGUACUGUGUUUCAUAUCAUUAUGUUUAAGGAAUGGUGUCUAUGUGUGUCUCACCACACUUGAAUAUUUAAUGGAAUAGAGCUAAAUAAUUGAUGUCUUCACUUUCAUGUAUGUUUUCAGUGUUACAGUGCCUUGCGAAAGUAUUUGGCCCCCUUGAACUUUGCGACCUUUUGCCACAUUUCAGGCUUCAAACAUAAAGAUAUAAAACUCUAUUUUUUUGUGAAGAAUCAACAAGUGGGACACAAUCAUGGAGUGGAACGACAUUUAUUGGAUAUUUCAAACUUUUUUAACAAAUCAAAAACUGAAAAAUUGGGCGUGCAAAAUUAUUCAGCCCCCUUAAGUUAAUACUUUGUAGCGCCACCUUUUGCUGCGAUUACAGCUGUAAGUCGCUUGGGGUAUGUCUCUAUCAGUUUUGCACAUCGAGAGACUGAAUGUUUUUCCCAUUUCUCCUUGCAAAACAGCUCGAGCUCAGUGAGGUUGGAUGGAGAGCAUUUGUGAACAGCAGUUUUCAGUUCUUUGCACAGAUUCUCGAUUGGAUUCAGGUCUGGACUUUGACUUGGCCAUUCUAACACCUGGAUAUGUUUAUUUUUGAACCAUUCCAUUGUAGAUUUUGCUUUAUGUGUUGGAUCAUUGUCUUGGUGGAAGACAAAUCUCCGUCCCAGUCUCAGGUCUUUUGCAGACUCCAUCAGGUUUUCUUCCAGAAUGGUCCUGUAUUUGGCUCCAUCCAUCUUCCCAUCAAUUUUAACCAUCUUCCCUGUCCCUGCUGAAGAAAAGCAGGCCCAAACCAUGAUGCUGCCACCACCAUGUUUGACAGUGGGUAUGGUGUGUUCAGGGUGAUGAGCUGUGUUGCUUUUACGCCAAACAUAACGUUUUGCAUUGUUGCCAAAAAGUUCAAUUUUGGUUUCAUCUGACCAGAGCACCUUCUUCCACAUGUUUGGUGUGUCUCCCAGGUGGCUUGUGGCAAACUUUAAACAACACUUUUUAUGGAUAUGUUUAAGAAAUGGCUUUCUUCUUGCCACUCUUCCAUAAAGGCCAGAUUUGUGCAAUAUACGACUGAUUGUUGUCCUAUGGACAGAGUCUCCCACCUCAACUGUAGAUCUCUGCAGUUCAUCCAGAGUGAUCAUGGGCCUCUUGGCUGCAUCUCUGAUCAGUCUUCUCCUUGUAUGAGCUGAAAGUUUAGAGGAACGGCCAGGUCUUGGUAGAUUUGCAGUGGUCUGAUACUCCUUCCAUUUCAAUAUUAUCGCUUGCACAGUGCUCCUUGGGAUGUUUGAAGCUUGGGAAAUCUUUUUGUAUCCAAAUCCGGCUUUAGACUUCUUCACAACAGUAUCUCGGACCUGCCUGGUGUGUUCCUUGUUCUUGGUGAUGCUCUCUGCGCUUUUAACGGACCUCUGAGACUAUCACAGUGCAGGUGCAUUUAUACGGAGACUUGAUUACACACAGGUGGAUUGUAUUUAUCAUCAUUAGUCAUUUAGGUCAACAUUGGAUCAUUCAGAGAUCCUCACUGAACUUCUGGAGAGAGUUUGCUGCACUGGAAGUAAAGCACGCCCAAUUUUUCAGUUUUUGAUUUGUUAAAAAAGUUUGAAAUAUUCAAUAAAUGUCGUUCCACUUCAUGAUUGUGUCCCACUUGUUGUUGAUUCUUCUCAAAAUAAAUACAGUUUUAUAUCUUUAUGUUUGAAGCCUGAAAUGUGGCAAAAGGUCGCAAAGUUCAAGGGGGCCGAAUACUUUCGCAAGGCACUGUAAAAGCAUUGUUGCUCUUAUACCCUUCCUAGAUUUGUACUAAUUUGCAACAUCUAUUGGGGCCUUUGUUGAACUUUGUAACAAUGACAAAAAUACUUUUUUUGUGCCAUGAAUUAAAAAUAUUCCCCCUAAAAGCAGUGCCAAGCAUUUUUCUGCUCCAAAAAGUAGUCCAACAGACAGACAGACAGACAGACAGACAGACAGACAGACAGACAGACAGACAGACAGAC